GGCAACAAUUGAAAAUAAAUAUUCAAUGGGUGUCGGUUUUAUAAGAUUAUUACGCGGUUUUGCAGUUUCAAAGCCUAACAACUGUACCAAGGGAUUGGAUUAAGUGGUGCGUGACGCGGGUCGGAUCUGGAUUAGUUGGGACGAAACUCCUAAUACCGGACAGGAAACCAAAAAAAAAAAAAAAAGUCUAACAACUGUUUACCGCCCGUUGUGCUACGGUUUUCAGCAUGCAAGCUGGUAUGCUCCAGCCUGAAGCCAUCAAG